AUGGCUUCCACAUCGCAAGCUGCCGGCUCGCCGGUCAAGCCGGUCAAGCUCUCCACCGCCGAGGGCUUCCUCUGCGGUGCGCUGGCCGCCAUGACCGCCGUGACGGUGACGAAUCCGAUGGAGGUGUGCAAGACUCGCAUGCAGCUGCAGGGCGAGCUCAUGUCGGCGGCGCCGCGCGUGCUGAGCGGUCAGGCGGGCUCGGCCGCUCCUCAGGCGGGCGCACAGGCUGCCGUGGGUGCACGUCUGUACAAGUCGUCGCUCGACUGUUUCACAAAAACCAUCAAGUCCGAGGGCCUCAAGGGCGUGCAAAGAGGUAUCGGUGCGGCGUACGUCUACCAGGUGCUGCUCAACGGCAGCCGUCUGGGCUUCUACGAGCCCUUUCGCAAGGCUAUCAACCGAGCGGCAGGCAAGCGUCCCGAAGAGCAGUGGGCAGCGGGUGCGUUUGCAGCCGGUGCCUCGAGCGGCUGUGUGGGUGCGAUCCUGGGCAACCCGCUCUUCCUGAUCAAGGCGCGAAUCCAGGCGUACAGCCCGCACUUUGUGAUCGGCAAGGCAUCGCACAACUACAAGAGCACCGUGGAUGGACUGGUCAAGAUCGUCCAGAGCGAAGGCGUGCGCGGGCUGGUGAGGGGUAUGGACGCAGCGGUGCUGCGAACGGCCAUGGGCAGCACGGUGCAGCUGCCGGCGUACAACUGGUUCAAGAGCUAUCUCACCAACAUGGACGUCGAAGCCAACGCGUACAAUCCGCUCAAGUUUUUGGCCAACAAGCCCAACUCGUUCUUCACCUACCUGGCGUCGUCGAUCUUCAGCGGACUGUGCGUGUGCGCCGUGAUGCAGCCGGCGGAUACGGCGCUGACGCGCAUGUACAACCAACCCGUGCGCGUCGACGAGCGCGGCCGCAGCGUGGGCACGCUCUACCGCAAUCCCUUCCACUGCCUCUACCUCACCGCCAAGGCAGAGGGCGUCUUGGGAUGGUACAAGGGCACCACCGCCCACCUCUUCCGCAUCGCCCCGCACACCGUGCUCACCCUCGUCAUGAACGAAGCCUACCUGCGCUGGUACACCAACUUCAAGUCCGGUCGCUCUCUGCUCGAUGCCCCCGCGGUCAAGACCAUGUGA